UUGGUUGUGGCGAAGAUAGGGUGACCGUUCGUAAUUUGUUAGUUAUUACGUUUGACAUAUCAGCCAGUUCUGUUGUUUUAAUUAACGUGUUUAUUUAAUGAAAAUAAAUAUCUGACAUAUAAUAUGUCAUAAUGGCAGAUCCCGAGGGAUGGUCUGCAACACAAGAUAACGAUUAUUCGAAUUUUCAGUCAAAUGACAGCUUUAAUUUAAAUGAAGUAACUGGUAUCGAUGAUCUCCUUACAAAUUGUGAAAGCGAACUAUUGAAAAAUGGAAACUUAUUCAGCGAUGAUGCAUUGUUGUCACAAUUGGAUGAACCCUUGGGCAUGGACACGGAAGAAUUGGAUUUCUUAAAUUUUAAUACUAACGAAGAAUUUAAAGAUUUCAAAGAAUUUCAGGAUUUCAAAGAUCCAAAUAUUGUUAAAUCUUUGACAAAUGCAAAUGUUAUGUUAACACCUCCAGUGGCAGAAAAUACUCAGCCAAUCCCUUGUAUAACUCAACAACAACCGCAACAGCAACAAAAACCACAACAGCAACUGCAACAACAACAGCAAUCGUUACAACAAGACGUACCAUCUGUACAAACUAGACCACAAAGAAUAUCUGUUACACCGGCGCCUACAGUAUUUAGUUCGCAAUAUGCUCUUCCACAAAAUGUAAACUUUAGUGUACAAUCGCCUGUUGUAACAAUAGCACCGGUUACGCAGCAAAGGCAGUUGCUCCUACCCGCGAAGCUUAUAAAAUCAGAAUCGGUUGUCUAUUCUAGAGGAGCGCAAGCUGUUAAUUCAACAUCUGUACCGCAUCAAAUACAUACUUUAGUAAAUACUGCUAAUGGAACUGUUUUAACUACUGGUAUUCCUGUUGUAUUAGAUACCGAUAAGGUACAGAUUAAUCGUUUGAAUACAAACACGCACGUGGGUGUACCUCGGGUGAAGGAAGUAAAACGCAGUGCCCACAAUGCUAUCGAACGACGUUACAGAACAUCGAUCAAUGACAAAAUUAUUGAAUUAAAAAAUAUUAUUGUCGGAGAAGAUGCCAAGUUAAAUAAGUCGGCUAUCUUGAGGAAGACUAUAGACUAUAUAAGAUUUCUCCAGAGUUCUAAUUCAAAAUUGAAAGCAGAAAACAUGGCUUUAAAAAUGACGGCACAGCGGCAAAAUUUACGCGAUUUAUUGGUAUGCGGGGAAUUGACGCCGCCAAGAUCAGAUUCAAGCGAACCGUCUUUGUCUCCUGCACCAGCACCGUUAUCUCCACCAUCUCCGUCAUCCAUAAAAGAUGAUCCCGAUGUAUUGCAAAAUAUGCAUUCGACUCCUAUUCUGACUAAUACAGGAAUAAGAGAUCAUACUAGGCUUACACUUUGUGGAUUUAUAUUCCUAUUUUUAGUAUUCAAUCCUUUGGGUUUUGUUUUUAAUAAUGUUGGCAGAUUCAAGUCCGAGUAUGUAAAUACUAAAGUUGAUGGUCGUACGAUUCUUAACUAUCAAGAUCAAUCCGAAUUUGAAAAUCCAAUUUGGAGUAAUGUAUUCUUGUGGAUAACUAAUAUCGUACUUUUAAUUGGUGGAGUUUGUAGACUAUUACUUUACGGUGAUCCAAUAUUACCACCUGACAGUAAAGUGUUUCUUGAACUUCAUCGAUGGAGACGUCAAGCAGAAUUUAAUAUAUCUAAAAACGAAUGCAGUCAAGCAUGCCGUGAUUUACAUCAAUGCUUACAAUAUUUUGGUCGUCCGUAUCCAGCAUCGCGUACAGAGGCUUGGCUUGCCACUACUUGGCAAAUUAUAAGACAACUUCUCCAUAAGUUAUGGAUUGGAAAAUGGAUCUUAUAUACUCAUAAAUGGUUCUCCGAGAAAACGACCCGGAAACAAGCGGAAAUGUCUGCUAUGGAAAUAGCCAUCAUUUAUCAACAUAUGUUAUGUUUACAUCUGACUGAUGGUUCAAAGAAUGGAACGCUGUAUCUUUCCUUAUCUGCAGUAAAUUAUGCCGAAGCUGCUGGUGAAACUAUGCCAAAAUCAUUGUUAGCUGAAAUAUAUAUUAACGCUGCACUCUGUUUUAAACAAUCACUCUUUCCAUUCAUUCACAAAUAUUAUUUGGGCAAAGCACGCAUAUUACUAUCAUCGUGCGCAGUUCCAUCAAAGCUGAAAUGGAUUAUGAGUGAUGAGGGAUCGAAAUUUUUGAUACUUCAAAAAUGGCAGUAUGGAGAUCAACCAGAUAAUGAAUUUACAUCUCAAAGUAGUAAAGCUGAUCCUCCAUCUUAUGCAUCACGUGCAUAUAGAGAUUAUUUAAUUGGGCAUUGUUUACGCAUUUUAACUGGUACAGCUGGAGAUGCUCAUUUAUCUUCUAUUUUGGAAUAUGGUCAAAGCAUUAUGGCUUCUGCUGGUGUCGAUGCUGGUUUCUUAUGUACUGAUAAAGUUACCGUUACACAUUGUGAGGAUGAAGUUGCAUUAUGGUGGGGAGCAGUUCUCUAUGUAGCAGCAUGUUGGAGACUGAGAGAAGAUGGUUCACAAGCUUGGAGUAUUGUUGAGAGCAAAUUUCCCUAUGAAAAAAAUUAUCAGUUGUGUAAUAACAACAAUAGCGUUAGUCCAUUGCCAUAUAUUGUAUUAAAUGCUUUACAAGCAGCAAAAGCUACUACCAAAUCUGCUUCUAUGCGUCUUAUUGAUCAAGCAGGAAUAUUACUUGAACAAUGUUUGGUUUAUUAUAAUUGCAAACAACAGUCGUCGCAGAAUGUUUUGCUUACACAAUUAUGGAUUUGCGAUUGGUUACUUGAAAUGCGAACUAUGCUUUGGCAAGAAUUGGAUAAUGAUUCAGAAAGGCCAAGUAUAAACAUUUCUUUGGGAAGUUUUCAGCGUGAUUUAGCUUGUUUGAGACAAUUGUGUCAACACAUUCCGUCGACAUUAGCACGUGUAUUCCUUUACGAAGCUACAGUGCGUAUAAUGGCAGGUGCAACACCAGUGAAAACUCAAGUACUAUUAGACCGCAGCUUGCAUCAUAGAAAUUCUCGUUCUUCAAUUAUUUGUGGUAAAGACAGAUCGCAAGAACAAUAUAGUGGAGAAAGAGAACACGCAGUCGCUUUGUGUUUAGCAUGCCGGCAUUUACCUGCAUUGUUAUUAGCUUCUCCUGGAGAACGUGCAGGUAUGCUUGCAGAAGCAGCAAAAACUCUUGAAAGAGUAGGUGACAGAAAAAGACUUCAAGAAUGCUAUAAACUGAUGCGUCAAUUAGGGCCUGCAAUUUCUGUUAAUUAAUAUGAUAGUAUAGCAUGCUAUGUUUGUUUAUUGUACAUAUCUUAAGUACAUGUUUAUUGUACAUAAGAAUUCUCUGAAUUCUUUUAGAUUAUAAGUUCGACUAUUCAAUUUUUGUUUAA